CGUCCCUCUCGGGCCCGUCGUGUGACCCCCGCCCGCCGGCUCGGCGAGGAUGGUGAAGAUAGUGACGUACAACGUGAAUGGGCUGCGACCGCGGGUGGCGCAGCACGGCUCGCUCCGCCGCCUCCUCGACUCGCUCGACGCUGACAUCAUCUGCUUCCAGGAGACCAAAUUGUCCAGGCAGGACUUGUCUGGGGAUGUCAUAAUGGCUGAGGGAUACGAGGCCUUCAUUUCGUGCAAUCGUACGUCGAGAGGGCGCGGAGUGUACUCUGGUGUUGCAACGUUUUGCCGGGUGUCAUCAGCAUUUGCCAGUCAGGAUGUUGCUUUGCCAGUCGCAGCUGAAGAAGGCUUUUCUGGAUUACAGGGCUCUGCAAAAGACAAUAAGAUUAUUGGGGAUUUUGUUCUUGAAAUGCCUAUGGAAGAGGAAGAUCUUGGCGAAAUAACAAGAGAGGAGCUGCUCAGGGUGGACAGUGAGGGGCGAUGCAUCAUCACUGACCAUGGACAUUUUGUUCUUUUCAAUAUUUACGGCCCAUCUAUUGGAGAAGAUGAUGAAGAACGAGUACGUUUUAAGCUACUAUUUUACAAAGUAUUGCAGAGACGGUGGGAAUUUCUACUGGCUCUCGGAAAGAGAGUUUUCGUUGUUGGAGAUUUGAAUAUUGCUCCUAGUUCGAUAGAUAGGUGUGAUGCCCCACCUGGAUUCGAGAAGCAAAUGUUUCGGGAGUGGCUGAGAUCCAUGUUGAGAGAACAUGGAGGUCCCUUUUUUGAUGCUUUCAGAUCAAAACACCCUGAAAGGGAGGGAGCUUAUACUUGCUUCAAUCAAGCAGUUGGAGCUGAAGAAUUCAAUUACGGUUCUAGAAUAGAUCACAUUCUCGUUUCCGGUGUCUGUUUUCAUCACUGCAAUUCCGUGGAAGACCAUAGCAUUUUCCAUUGCCAUGUGGAGGAUUGUGAGAUAAUGAAUCGUUUCAGAAGAGGGGAUCCUGAAAAUAACUCGAAGUGGAAAGGAGGGAGAAGUAGUAAGCUAGAAGGGUCCGAUCAUAUUCCAGUUUAUAUGGUACUGAAUGGAAUACCUGAAGUUCCACUCCAUAAUACCCCAUCAUCAGCUGCAAGAUAUCUCCCAGAAAUCCGUGGACGGCAACAGAGCAUAGUAUCUUUCCUCAGUAAAGGGAAAACUUAUGAAGUUGAAGAUGGCCCAGGUUUAAAUAUGCCCAGGGAUAGAGCCAAUGAAAGCUGCUGUAGUGAUGACUUGGAAAGCAAAAGUAUAUCCAAGGAAGAAUUGUCAACUGGUAUAACCGAGUUUUCUCAAGGUGUUAACAUUCCUAGUCCGAUGUGUAAGCGGAGGAAUCUUGAUCAUUGGUUAAAUGAAGGUUCAAGCGGCAACUCCCAAAAUAGCAAUGUAACAUUACUGGCAGCACAUGGUAUGAAAGCCUCCUUUUCUGGCACCAAGUCCAUGUCAAACAAGAGGAACAAACGUAACUUACCCUCACAGCCUACAAUCAAGUCAUUCUUUCAAAGACCAGAGACAAAGCCAGGGGAUGCCAAUAUCAGUAGCCUAGUUAGUUCAGUAGAUACGGGACCUGCUAUGGAUGAAUCAUGUUGUCCAAAAGAUGAUAGUCUGCCAGAAAAUAUCCAGUGUACAGCUGCGGUUGAUGAAGAUCAGGAUAACUCAAAUAUGCCAUGUUCACUUUCAACUGAUAAGUGUAAUGUUGCAACCUUGGAAUGGCAGAGAAUACAGCAGAGAAUGAAGAUGACUCUACCAGUUUGCAAAGGACACUGUGAACCUUGCAUUCCAAGGUCUGUGAAGAAGGGCUCCAAUAUUGGUCGCCUGUUCUACGUCUGUGCCCGUGCUCAGGGACCUUCAUCAAAUCCAGAAGCGAACUGCAAUCACUUUCAAUGGGCCUCUGUAAAAUCUAAAGGGAAGCGUCAAUGACAGUUUUUUUGUUUGUCAGUCAUUUUUGCUGUUGCCAUGCAGGUCAAAUGACUCCUUUCAGCAGUUGCUUCAAGUAAUAUCAGCAUUUCCCUAAGAAAUGUGCGGGUGCUUUUGUUGGACAAUUUAGUUUAUGUUUGUGCUAACUUCUGUUUUGUCCCCAGAAGCCCUGGACACUUGUCACUUUGUGCUUCGCAUGAGUCUGAUGUAUCGCCUGCUCCCAUGUCGUGAGCAAGAUGGUCCUUAUUCAGUGCAAAUUUCUUUACUAACAAAGGUACAUAGUUUAUCCUUGUUGAGUUCUAGUUAAUUAGAUGGUUUUUGUACCCAAUACCCCCCUUUUCUUUCUUGAAGAGAAGUAGCCUCCUCCUUUGUUGUAACUUUGAAGUCAAACAAACAAAUUGUGACUCUCUGUUGGGUGGAUAACGAAAUGCCAAUUGGAGCCCUCAUGUGGUUCUGUUUGUUGAA